UGCAAGUUUGACAGUCAGUACCAAGUCCCGUCCGCACAUCCAUGCAAUGGCUCGAGUUGGAAGCGUUGACUUCACCGCUUCUUACCAUGGACCCCACCAGCGAGCACAAUAUUGGCGGGAGGUGAUCAAUCGAGAGACCUGGGAGCAUGCCUUUCAUCCUUUGAAUGAACGACUGCCGAGACCCAGCUACAAGGACCUGAAGAGUGCCAGCAAAGACGCGCAGCUUCACACGGUGCAGCUUCUGAGGAACUCCUUCCAGGUUGGACGGGAUGACUUCGGAAUGUCUUACCUGGAUGGAAGGCAGAGACCCACAGGGAUGCCGAAAGAUGAGACGCGCCCAGCCAACGCGACCUUCACCUCGAUUCCUCAAGGGGAGGCUCCGGUGAAGACGGCGACGCUGCCUUUGGGCGUGCGAGCCCAUCGCUCUUCGGGGGCCCUGCAGAUGGCGGCCACUUUGGCCGCGGCGCGGGGGGAGUCGGACUUUGGAAGAAGUGACCGGCUCCCCACCGUGCGGGCGCCGGCGUACAGCAACCGCCUAGCAGGCUGGGGCUCGACCAGUGCGCCGCUGCUGCGUGCUGGGGAGACGCGGAGGGCGCCAUCCUUUUCUCGAAUUUUGAACGCGUGAGACACGCGUGGCCAUGACCAAGUCAAGGCAUCCGUUUCACGGUGUCACAGCCAGAAGGGGGAAACCAUGAGCCAA